UUCGCUUAUCACCCUCACUAUUGUCUCUCUCUCUCUAACGAUAUAACAGCUUCUCUCUCUCUUUCUCUUUAUUGAAUACAAUGGCUGAAACAACUCCAUUAAAGCGCCACCGAGAAGAAGAAACCCUAGCCGAAGAAGAAACCAAUAAACGACAAAAGCCCUCCUCAUCAUCUUUUUCCUCAUACAAUGACCAGAUUCUCUGUCUCCUUGACGAUUCAGACGAACUUAACCUACCCAACAACGACCUAACUUCUUUUAUAAACGCUCUACAGCAAGAUAUCUCACCAGAUGACCAAAACGGUGUCGUUUCUGGAGUCUCCAACGUGGAAGAUUCGUCGACUUCGUGUGUUUCCUCGAAGGAAGACGAUGUUGAUGAAGAGAACAAGGAGAAAGUCAUGCAGCAUCUUUUGGAAGCUUCUGACGACGAACUAGGGCUUCCUAACAACGAAUUUGGCGAGAGUAAUUAUGAGAUGAUUAAGAAUGAAUCUAGUCAAGAUUAUGUUUAUGGAGAUAGUUUGUUAGAUGGGUUUGGUGAUGCGUUUUGGGAGCUUGAAGAUGAAGCUGCUAAUUAUUACACGUUGCUCCAGUCUCAGCUGUUCUUGUAGAAAUCUUAAGGAUAAAUCUGGGGGAAAAAGUUAAUUAAUAUGAAAGAAAAGGCCAAUUAAAAAAAUAAAAUAAGUGGGUCGGUUUUUUA